AUGGCGGACGCACAGGUCUUCGAAGAGACCUUCAGCAUUACCUCGAUCAACAAUGAAAAGUAUGACCGAGUGUCGCGCAUCUAUGGAAAUUCCACGGACAACCAGAUUACCAUGACUCUUGACAUCAACCACGAACUAUUCCCCGUACGGGUCGGUGACACACUGAACAUGGUGCUGGCCACAACACUAUCACUUGACGGCGCAACAAAGGACCAGAACGAGACUAUGUGGAGAAACGUAGGGAGACAAGGAGUCACUACACUGGCAGACAUGUACGAUUAUGUAUGCUAUGGAAAACACUACCGAAUGGAGGACGGAGAAGGUGAUACAAUGAAAUACUAUGCAAGUUUUGGAGGGCUAUUGCUAUUCAUGGAGGGACCGCAUAAGAAGUUGAAUGCCCUAAAGAUCGACAACAUCUACAUGCUCGUGAAGCAGUCAUAG